AUGUCCGACAUACCAACCUUUCGCAAUCUCUCCCUGGAGCGACACGGCAAUGUGUUCGUCAUCACCAUGCAGAAGCCGCCCGAGAACCGGCUGAACACCUGGUACUGCCAGGAAAUCAUCCGCGCAUUUCGGACGAUCGAAAAGAUACUCGGACCUGAUAGUGAAGGUGCGGUCAUAACGCGAGGGAGCGACGCGAAGUUCUGGUGUACGGGCCUGGAACUGGACGAGUCCGACACCAACCCGUUUGCGAACUCAGACGGAUUCUACCCGGCAAGCAUCUCGCUAUCGUUAGUGCACACUGUGCUCGAUUUUCCCUUCCCUACAAUCGCGCUUCUCACCGGGCACACUUUCGGCGGCGCGUGCCCCUUCGCCCUGGCACACGACUAUCGCAUCAUGAACUCUAAGCGAGGCUUCUUUUCAAUGCCGCCUGUGAAUCUCGGUCUGCACUUCGAUGGAAUUGGAUCUCUACCACGCCUGAAGCUACGGCCGGACAUCGCAGCCAAGAUGCUUCUGGAGGCUCAUCGGUGGACGGGAAAGGAGGCACUCAGAGAUGGUAUUGUGCAUGCCGUGGCAGAACCAGACGAGAUGCUCGAUGCUGCACUGGAGAUGGGGAGAAAGUGGGCGCCGAAGGCAAAGAUGGGGUAA